GUCGCCGAGCUUCGCUCCAACAUGUUCCGUUUCAACAAAUUGUUCAAUGAAUAUGCUAAUUCUAUAAAAACCCACAUAGCAUCGCAUUCACGCUUUUGUUUCUGAAUUCUGAAUGCUCUGUCUUCUUUCGUCUCUGGGCGAUUCCAAUUGGCUGUCAAUUUUCAAUUCCGCGUCACUUUGCUGUGAGAACAGAGAUCGUUCUUGAGUUUUUUUGGGCUGUAGUUCUUGUUAAAGUAGUAGAAUUCUGUGAGAGUGAUAUUACUGUUGUUGGGUUCUCUGAUCGCUUCUUUUACUUGUUGCUUUUGGGACCUGAUGAUCGAAUGGAGGCGCUGUUUAGCUGAGAUAUAGAGCAAAAUCAGCAAGUGGGAUUCGGGUUCGGAUUGGUAUUGAUUGGGUAGAAAGAGAUAUAAAUAGGAAAAUCGAAGGGUGUUCUUGAGGUGUGAGUGAUUGAGACUGAUGGACAGGGAUUAUGAAGGAGGAGGGAAUUUUGGGUUUGAAAAUGCUGUGGUGAUGACAAGAGAUCCCAAGCCAAGGCUCAGAUGGACGGCUGAUCUUCAUGAUCGAUUUGUCGAUGCCGUCACCAAGCUUGGUGGCCCCGACAAAGCGACUCCCAAGUCUGUGUUGAGGCUGAUGGGCUUGAAAGGCUUGACUUUGUAUCAUUUGAAGAGCCAUUUACAGAAAUAUAGACUUGGACAGCAGGCCCGGAAGCAAAACAGUGAAGAACAACACAAAGAGAACAAUAGUGGAGGUGCAUAUGUAAAUUUUAGUGAUCGUUCUUCGGGACCUAGCACCAAUUACAGAGGCAAUACCCAAACAGAGGAAAUCCCAUUAGAAGAGGCACUGAGGCGUGGGGUCGAAGUCCAAAAGCAAUUGGAAGAGCAGCUUGAGGUACAGAAGAAACUGCAGAUGAGAAUAGAGGCUCAAGGGAAGUAUUUACAAGCCAUGCUUGAGAAAGCACAGAAGAGCCUUUCCCUGGACAUGAAUGGACCAAACAACCUAGAAGCAGCAAGAGUUCAAUUGACAGACUUCAACUCUGCUUUGUCCAAUUUCAUGGAGAAUAUGAAGAGAGACAACAAAGAAAACAUCAUGGACAUGAAUGAUUUCUACAAGAAGGCCCACAGUUCAUCGGCUUUCGGAAUUUACCAGGAAGCCGAGGGAGAAGAACACAAGGAUCAAAAGCCUAAGGUUGCAGAGGGUUCAAUACAGUUUGACUUAAACAUCAAAGGCAGCUAUGACUUUGUAUCAGGUGCAGCUGAAAUGGAUUCCAAGAUGCUUUCAUACAGAUUGUAAAAAAUUUUGAGCUGUCCUGUGCCUAUUACAGGAUGAUCUAUUCUUCAUGAUUUUUUUUUUGGGAGUCUCUUUUGAGUAAAAAUAUAAAGAUAUAAAUUUAUCUCCUGUUCUAAAAGGGAAGUUUAUUCCAUUAGUUCCGAUAUAUUUUUUUUAAACCAUGACAA